GGAAGGCCGCGAGUCCCGGGGGGUCGAGGUUCGGAGUGUGCGGGUCCGAGGCCCGGCCCGAGGUGAGAGGGGCCUGGCGCCACCGAAGAGCCGGGCACCCGGAUUCAACUUCGCAACAUCCGCCGAGAUUGGGAAACCGGGCACAUUGACGUUCCCGGGGUCCCGCACCCAGAACGUGCAGCCGAACAUGGGAUUGCAGCCCCAGUUUCCUGCCCCUGCUCCUUCUUAUCAGGUCUGCGGAUCUCGCUAGCGUCUGAGCGCCUGGCACCGCACAGGCGCACAGGAGGCGCUCAGUUAAUGCUCCCUUGCGAAUGAGCACAAGAAAUCAGCGGCCAAUAGAGAUGAGACACGUGCUGAUCCUCAAGUUGGGGACAGCAGAGGGGCCAGCAUUUAUUGAGCCUUUACUGUAUGCUCCGACGGGCCAGCAUUUGUCUCCAUCUUACAGUUGAGGAAUCGGAGGCUCAGAGAGGUGAAGUGACCUCCCCAAGGCCACACAGCUUAUAAGUGGCUGAGACUGAAUUGAAAACCCGGAGUGUCUGGUUCCCAGUCCGUGCCAGGUGAAGUUCCAGAGAACAACAGAAGAGGGAAGAGUCGGUCAACAGCCCACCCUGCAGGCCGCUUUUGCUGCCGGCUGCUUGGAACUGACAGACUGCGGAGGGAAGGAGAAGGGGAACUUCGGUUUGGAACUGAAACACUGCAGAAGGGGAAGCUACAGAGCGCGAGGGCCAGGCCCCGUGGCGGCUGAUGGCCGGCGGGCGGCCGGAUCUGCGCUGGGUGCUGAGUUUGCGCUGUGUGCUGCUGAUGGUGGAGGCAGUGUCCGGGCUCAGGGGCCCAUCUACAGGGGCUCACCUGAGCCCCCAGUUUCCAGCUGCAGGUGUGAGCCAGAUUGCCGUGGUAGACUGUCGAGAUGUGUGUGGCCUGAACGCCUCCGACCGCUGUGACUUCGUCCGGACCAACCCCGACUGCCGCAGCGAUGGGGGCUACCUGGACUACCUCGAGGGCAUCUUCUGCCACUUCCCGCCCAGCCUCCUCCCUCUGGCCAUCACCCUCUACGCUCUCUGGCUGCUUUCUCUGUUUCUGAUCCUGGGAGUCACGGCCGAGAAGUUUUUCUGCCCUAACUUGUCUGCCAUCUCCAGCACGCUCAAACUCUCCCACAACGUGGCUGGCGUCACCUUCCUGGCGUUUGGGAACGGCGCGCCUGAUAUCUUCAGCGCCAUGGUGGCCUUCUCGGAUCCGCGCACAGCUGGCCUGGCCUUGGGGGCACUGUUUGGCGCGGGCGUGCUGGUGACCACCGUGGUGGCCGGCGGCAUCGCCAUCCUGCGCCCCUUCACGGCCGCCUCCAGGCCCUUCCUCAGAGACGUCAUCUUCUACAUGGUGGCCGUGUUCCUGAUCUUCACCGCGUUCUACCUUGGCAGGGUCACCCUGGCGUGGGCCCUGGGUUACCUAGGCUUGUAUGUGUUCUAUGUGGUCACUGUGGUUCUCUGCACCUGGAUCUACCGCUGGCAGCGGAGGAGAUCCCUGGUCUACUCCAUGCCGGGGACGCCAGAGAUGCUGUCAGAUUCCGAGGAGGAUCGAGCAUCUUCUAACACCAACAGCUAUGACUACGGGGAGGAGUACCGGCCGCUGCUCUUCUACGAGGAGACGACUGCUCAGAUCCUGGUGCAGGCCCUCAACCCCCUGGAUUACAGGAGGUGGAGGAACAAGUCAGCAUCCUGGAGGGCCCUCAAGGUCUUCAAGCUUCCCGUGGAGUUCCUGCUGCUCCUCACCGUCCCCGUCAUGGACCCCGACAAGGAGGAUGGCAACUGGAAGCGGCCCCUCAACUGCCUGCACCUGGUGAUCAGCCCCCUGGUCUUAGUCCUGACUCUGCAGUCGGGGGCCUAUGGCGUCUAUGAGAUAGGUGGCCUCUUCCCUGUGUGGGCCGUGGUGGUGAUCACGGGCACAGCCGUGGCUGCGGUGACCUUUUUUGCCACAUCCAACAGCGAGCCCCCCAGGCUUCACUGGCUCUUUGCUUUCCUGGGCUUCCUAACCAGCGCGCUGUGGAUCAACGCGGCCGCCACAGAGGUGGUGAACGUCCUGCGGUCCCUGGGCGUGGUCUUCCGGCUGAGCAACACUGUCCUGGGGCUCACGCUGCUGGCCUGGGGGAACAGCAUCGGAGACGCCUUCUCAGACUUCACGCUGGCCCGCCAGGGCUACCCGCGGAUGGCGUUCGCGGCCUGUUUCGGCGGCAUCAUCUUCAAUAUCCUGGUGGGAGUGGGGCUGGGCUGCCUGCUCCAGAUCUCCAGGGGCCACACGGAGGUGAAGCUGGAGUCAGAUGGACUGCUGGUGUGGGUCUUGGCUGGCGCCCUGGGCCUUAGCCUCGUCUGUUCCCUGGUCUCGGUCCCACUGCAGUGCUUCCAGCUGAACAAGGUCUACGGCUUCUGCCUGCUCCUCUUCUACGUGAGCUUCCUCACGGUGGCCCUGCUCACGGAAUUCGGAGUGAUUCACUUGAAAAGCGUGUGAGUGAAGCCGUGUCCGCCUGGUGGUCAGGAGGUGUCACUGCCGGCGGCGAGAUGCAUCUUCUGCAGAGCCCAGGCAGGCCUGGCCGUGAACGGGGUGUGGCUCUGUGGGGCCGCUCUCCCUGCUCGAGGUUCCCAGUGGCUGCUGAGUGCAGGGAGCAAAGCUAAGCCUCAUUCCUGGGACCUUGGAGACCAGCUUCGCAGGGGACAGAGUUCCAGACAGAAGCCACAGGCUUCCUUGAAUUUUCUCUGGAGCCUCUUGAAGGUCGGGGUUGGGGGCUUAGGGGGUGACUGGAUGCCUCCCAGGCCGGUGUUGGAAGACCAAAGUGUUCAGGGCUGAAGGCACAGUGGAGGCCCAGGCCCCUCCCCAUUGUCGCCCCUGCUUCCUGCACCUUCUCCUCAGGACUCAAAAGGCUGCCAAACCGGUUCGGGGAGUCAGGGCGGCUGGGCCCCGGUGGACAGAACACCUUGUGUGCCGUGGGCUUCAGGCUGAUGAGCGUGAGUUCUAGAGCUGCACUAUCCAACAGAAAUAGCCAAAGUUUGAAUCUUCUAGUCGCCAUGUUAAUAAAGCCAAAAGAAACGAGUGUAAUUAAUGGUGAUAUAUUUUAUUUAAGCCAACGGCUCCAAAAUAUCAGCACGUGGCCCUGGUCCCACUCGUGGCUGCCACAUUGGACGGCGUAGCUCGACUCUACCUCUGGAACUGUCUGCUGGCUGUCGGCAUCUCCUCUGUGCCCCUUGGGCUCCCCCAGCUGCAAAUGGGAGUCAGUUUGCCUCUGCCCUGUGCCUACCUCAGGGGGAGCCCCGGGCGGGGGUCCAGUGCCUGCAGGCUCUGGAGAGGACAGAACGAGCGCUCCCAGCGCCUUCCUGCUGUCAUCGCUGACCCGCCUCUUCAAUGCGCACCUCUUCCGUUUGCCCGACUGCCUUAAGCCAGCAUAAAGGGAUUCAACUCUUUUUUCCAAUGAAAAAUGAUUAAAUACUCCAAGUGUGCAGACAAUAACAUA